AUGAGGGGAAUAUAUCAGGGAGUACAAGCAAAUAUAUUACGUGAAAAUCAUAAAGCGUUUUAUGUACCAUGCGCAUCAACAUCGCGUUGGGAUGUGUUAAAAAAACAUGUUGAAAAAGUUACACCUAAACCAUUAUCAGAAACUAGUCUCAUCAUUUGGUACGAAAUAUUAUCAAAAAUUAAUAUCGUCAGCAAAGUAUUGCAAAAUCAAAAGAUGCAAAUAGAUUUGACCACGAAGUAUCUAAAAGGUCUGAACGUAUUCCUUGCGGAAUACAGAAAUGCAGGAUUCAACAAAGUCAUGAUCACAGCAAAUAAAGUUGCAAAGGAAUUAGACAUAGCAUCAGAUUUCAAGUCAUCAUACAGGGGCAAAAACGGAAAUUAUUUGAUUACGAAGGACAGGAUGAAUCAUCGACGAUCAGCGACGAAGAAUACUUCCUUGAUAUCAGGCGUUGACGUAGUAAACUUAAAUAGUACCAAAAAUGAUGUACCAAAUAGUACACAAAAUGGAACAAAUAGUACGGCAAUCGCAGACGAUAAAAAUUUUUGGGAAUGGCUGACUGGUUUUAUAUCUGCUGGGAAUCCUGUAACCACUACUGAACCUCCAACAACAGUGAAACCACACUCAUGUUUACCCUGCAAAUGUGGAUUAGCGAACACGCAGAGACGAAUAGUAGGCGGUGUUGAAACCCAGGUUAAUCAAUAUCCUUGGAUGGCAUUGAUGACGUUUAGAGGACGAUUCUAUUGUGGUGCAUCAGUUAUAAGUUCUCGCUAUGUAUUAACUGCAGCUCAUUGUGUUGACAGAUUUGAUCCAAAUCUCAUGACCAUUCAAAUAUUGGAACAUGAUCGUAAUUCUACAACGGAGUCUGAAACGCAAGUAUUUAAAGUUGAUAAAGUGAUCAAGCACAUUGGCUACUCAACAUUUAACUAUAACAAUGAUAUCGCAUUGGUCAAAUUGAAAGGUGUUAUUCGAUUUGAAGGAAAAAUGAGGCCUGUUUGUCUUCCAGAACGAGCGAAAACCUUCGCUGGUACGGAUGGUAUAGUAACAGGAUGGGGUGCAAUUGAGGAAUCUGGUCCUAUAUCGCAAACUUUACAAGAAGUCGUAGUUCCAAUUCUCACAAACGCUGAGUGUCGUGCAACCAAAUACCCAUCACGAAGAAUAACAGAUAAUAUGCUUUGUGCUGGUUAUAAAGAAGGACAAAAAGAUUCGUGUCAGGGAGACAGUGGCGGCCCUCUACAUGUUGUCAUCAACAACACACAUAGCAUAGUUGGAGUUGUAUCGUGGGGCGAGGGAUGCGCGAAACCCGGCUACCCUGGUGUUUACAGCAGAGUAAAUCGUUACAUCACGUGGAUAGAACAGAACACUGAGGACGCGUGUUAUUGUUAAUUAGAUUUAAAUGAAAAUGACAAAUCAUUUUAGAAGAUUAAAAUACUCGAUGACCAAGUCGUAUUUUGUACAGUACCGAGCACGGUAGGCUUUUAUAAGAAAAAUGACGAUAUGGAGGUAAAUAAAACACUUGUCCGAGGCCUUGCGCUUAAAUACUUCACAUUUAGCAAAACUUGAUAGAAUGAAGUAUCAGAACUCGAAUUUUUAUUUACAAUUGAAAUGCGAAAUGCUAUGAACAUACAGUUUUUUGAAACAUAGGGAUUUUGUAAAUGACAGAAUUUCUAUAAUUAUACGGUAAUAGUUUAUUUGUUAGCUAAGAAUUUUCAUGUUUAAAAACCAGUUCACUCUAUACUAAAUUUAUCAUCAAAUUUUAUAAUAAAUGACAAAUAUAAAAUGCGUGUCUUAUAUUAUAGUUUUAUUAUUAAGAAUAACUUUUGGAAAUAUCUGUUUCUAAUUAAAUGUUUUCAAUGAUGUCGACCUUUGUCGCUCUGUAAUCUCUAAAGAUAGUUUCAGUCCCAUCAUUUAAUACAGAGAUGUCCAAGGAAGCUCUUAUACAUUUUCCCCUGAAAUAGACUGUGACAGACGAAGAUAGACUAUGCCAUACUUUGUCUAUUACCAACUAUUUGCGGAGAAACGACACAGAGUGGUAAAGAUCCAGUGCGCCCGUGGACAUCAGUACAAUAAUAAAAAAUUACCACGAAUUAUGAAUAAAUAUCUCCAUUUGCGUAGAGGCUAGGGUGGAUCUGGGCCUUUAAAAGUCUGGACUGGUUGCUUUCUAAAAAUGUGGACUUUUAACAUACUAACGUUUUAAGAUUCCAAAAUUAAAAAAUUGCAGAACUUGAAAAUUACAAAUCUAAGACUAAAAUUCUAAAAUUUCAAAAUAUCAGAAUUCCAGAAUUUCAAAAUUACAAUAUCCUGAAACCUCAGACUUUCUAAAUUCCAAAAUUCCAAAACCGUGAAAUUUAAGAAUUUCUAAUGGAGUUGGCCCGCUCUAGAAAAAGGACGAAGUUACGCUAAUGAAUAUCUGAGUAUCCAAUGACUUGAAUAAGUGCUUGAAUAAAUAAAUAGAAUAAUAAUAAG